ACAGGUGUAUCGUUAUCGCACAUGCUUAAUAUGAUAUUCAAAAAUUUCUUAGGAAGGCUACAUUAGAAUUUUUUAAUUGGUACUAUGUUGUAUUUCUCAGUUAGUUGGUACUAAUUUGGGGAAGAUGUAAAUGAUUUGAUUAAGAUGCCUUAAUUAAUUAAAUGUUUUGUGUUGUAAAAAGACUAAAUACGUGAACUUUAUAAUAUGCUGGAUUAUGAAAUAUACCGGGUGAUGAAAAUAAUUAGGAAAAUCCGUCGAUGACAGCUGUGUGUGAGAAGAAACCUUCUUUAACGAGGUUGUGGGAAACUAUAGUUCGCACAAAAAAUCUUCCAAUCGGAGUGGACGAAACGUUCCUUUAUGAUUUAGUGCGGGAAAAGCUCUGCGAACCCGAACGCGAGGUGAGACAGCAUGCUUUACGGGUGCUUAUGGACCUCAUUCCCGUCACCAAGCAAUCGAAUCUGGACGCUCAGAUGCGCAACAUUCUUCCUAAUGUGCUGAGUAACCUGGGGCACUCUUCGCCCUCGCUGAGGAAGAGCGCUUUGGAUUCAUUGAAAAAAUACUCGAAAUUCAGCGCUAAUUACAACUACCUGAUGAAGGAGCUGCUCCCAUCGACCGAGCACUUCACCAGCAUCGCUCCCUUUCUAAUCAACCCACAAACAGACGAUAAAACUGUUAAAUUUGUCGUGGAGGAGCUAUGGAAAGACCUGGAGAAUCCUAACGUGACACAAGACGCAGCAAAAGCUUUAGCAAGAUUAAGAUUUAACAUAGGAAACGAAAAAUUUAAGAACUUCUUAGGCACCAACCGCCACCUCCACCUCGAGGAAAUCUGCGAAAUUUACGAUCUUCCAAUCGACUACAGCGACAACGAAAAACUAUGGAGCGAUGAAGAUUCGAUAGAAGACAAAGUCAUCCUGGAGACCGAAAUCACGCUGAAAACCGGCCCGGCCAUAACCAUGAAAAUCCACGAGGAGAGCCGGCCGAGCAGCGUCGUCGACGACCACUCGAAACACGGCGUUUUGAAAAUCCUCCGCGACGACAGCGAGAGCGACUUCGAGGAGGUGGCCCGGCGAACGCCGCGUAAGGUCAGAUUCGGCGGGGAAUCCGUGAAACUCCGGACGCCGGAGAGCGAUAGCAGCAAUCAAAGCGACGCCAAGAGCACGCUCAGAAUUACCGUUAGCGAUGCCCUAUCGAUUACGACCAGGAAAAGUCUAAUACCCAUACGGAUAAAAUCGUUACCGACGACUCCACUUCGCUCUUCUAAUAAUAUUGUUAAGAAUAGAUUGCACAGAUCCGCUCCGAAUCUGAAUAGGAGCUUCCAUAAAACCAAAUUACCGCUCAAGAGGGAUUCUAAUUUAAUCGAGAAGUUCAAAAUUAACGAAGGAAAAGAUACAUUGAUGGACAAUUUGGUGGUUCCAAAAUUGAAUUCACGCAGGAAUUCGGUAACUUUGGAGCCCAAAACAUCACCCUCAUCGCCCCAUAAAGAAAUCGAAGUGUUCCAUAACUUAACCCGAAGUCCCGUUAUGCAGAGGAAAAUGGAAAAUUCGACUUCCAAUAACAUUAGCACGUUUAAUAGUUUUAAAUUGUUUCCCGAUUCCACAUCUAAUGAAGACAUUUCUAUAGAAAGCACAACAAAUAACACAAAUGAGAAUAAAAUUUUGGCUCUUCCACCUCCUGAAGAUGUUAGAAAUUCAAUGGGUAAAUCAGAUAUGUCUGCAGAAAAAACCAACCAACUUUCGUCUGAUUCUAAAAUAUCUUCUUCGAACGAGAAAAUUAAUGAAUAUGACAGUUUCAAAGUUUGUCCUAAUGAUAGUGAAUAUUCGAGUAGAGAUGAAAAUUUAGAUACCAAGAAGAAACAAAACGGAGGAUUUGAUUUAUUCCAACAAUGGCACAAUUCUUCCUUUAAUUCAGAAGAAAGCUCUUUGAGCAGAUCCGAAGCCUUGGACAAUCUGGUGAAAAUGUUGAAACAACCGAACACUUUAGAAAAUUUAGAACCUGGACCUGCUGCUUUGCUCUUCGAAGCUUUGUUCGCUUGUCAACACCUUGAUAAGCUACAUUUCCUCGCAGAGGAUGCUAUGGGUCUUAUGAUCAGAGGUGUUAGAAAAGAAGUCCUGGAUCAGUGUCUGGGCAGACUCAGUAUCGGUAUAUGUACUUUAGGAGCUCCUACUGGGAUUAAUUUGGCAUUGUUGUUGAUGAAAAAAUGUUGCCCAAAGAACCUAUUGGGAGAAAUAAUGGACAGAUGUUUUGCACACAAAACCAGAGAAGGAGCUCUACAAGUACUAAUGGCUUCGGCUAGAUUGCUUCCAAGUAGCGACAUAGAGGUGACAAAAAUGGCUGAAUUUGCUUCUGCUACACUAAGAGACCGCAGGAGAAGAGUACGUCACGCAGCUCUGGAAACACUAGCCACUUUAGCUCAGCUUAGAUCCAACGCAGAAAUACUGGAAAUCGUGGAAAGAGUAACCAAAGCAUCCCCGGAUCACCAAUAUUUACUUCGCGUCAUUAGAACAAGAUUGUCGCGUCGACAACUACCAGUGGUGGAAUCAGACGGUACUGUUCGAUAUUCCACGCCUAGAGAUCAAACUGAAUUGGAAUGGCUAUCCGGAAAAAAUAAUAUAGAACCUAAUCAUUCGGUAUCAUCAUCGGCAUCUUCUUCCAACAAUUCCAUUAACUAUUGGAAGCGCAAUUCCAGACACGAGGACAUCGUAGAAUCUUCCAUUACUUAUACCAAGGAUGAUAGCAGUAGUGAUAGGCAGCAAGUUUGGGCAGUUGAUCCUGUUGUCUUCCACAAAAAUGGAUUCCUCAGGGAAAAUAAUAAAACAGCAAACCCUCCGGUUUUACGGCCAGUGUACAUUCUUCAGCCGGAGGCGGCGACGGAUUCGGGCAGAGGAUACCGCCGCUACGACAGGGGCAGGUCCUUUUCGCCGCCCAAACCGAAUCACAAGCGAUCCCUGUCGUCAUACGUCGCAGCAUCCGACGCUCAACCCUUAACUUCAGCCCCCAAAGCUGCUGGCAAAUGCAAGGAGGGCGUCAGGAAAAGCUUCUCCUCAGAGCAGCUAUUCGUUAAAGACAGAGAUCACCAGGAAUUGCAUUCGUUUUCGUUGUCCAGUCGAUCUUCUACCACUUCGACUGGUUCUUCCUCGAAAAGUGGGAAUUGGUAUAAAGAAAUGAGAUCGGGUAUACCGGUGCCUAUUUCUUCAGAGACGAAAUUUCGAUUCAGGUCUAAUGGAACAUCGAGUAACAGCACUUCAUCGGGACCGAUAAUUGCAAGAAGGUCAGCACUAGGAAGUGUCCCAAGUACUCCCAUAAUCACCCGCUCAUCUCCAAGAAGCAGUCCUGAGAAGACUAGCAACGUUUUACCUCCACCUCCUCAAUCUUCGGGAUCGGAAUCAUCAGGAUAUUUCACUCCUCCUCCAGAUAGUAAAAAAGCGUUUGUAAAAUUAGACAGCGUCGAUAGGACAUCAGAAUCCGAUGAUAAAGACGAUGAUAAAGAAACCAACAACAAUAAUAUUGAGGAAGAAGAUACCACCGAUAAUGCCGGUGAAUUUGUUAAGAGAAAUUUAUCGGCAAGUUCAGCUGAAACAACAGUACCUAAUGAAGAACCCACACUUCCACCAACUAAUUCAUCUCCUUCUAAAUCUUCUAAAGUUGAAACACCAAAAAGAGAACAAAUCCAGAGGUUCAGUAUAUCCGGUUCUAGAGAGUCAUUGUUCACCGAACAAGCCAGGCCUUUGGCUGAGUACCGUUCUAAAAGCAGAUCGGUCGUGGAUCUUCAAAAUUUCUUACCGGAAAUAACGGCAAUUAGAAAGAAUUUAAAUUCCGCACCUUCGAUCAAGGACGACCUCCUAUCCAACGGCAACAUAACGAUUUCAACUACUGAAGAAAUCCAAGCAGUAAUACCAAUUAAUUGUGUAGACGACAACCCAGAAUCGCCGACUAAAGAAAUCACCAUCACCAGAAAAUUAAGCAGGAGAUUAUCCAGGACUCAAAGCAGAAGAUCCAUCAGAUCCACUCCUAGAGAACCCACUCCAAAUUCCUCGAGGAGCAACAUCAAAUUGAAAGACACUUUACAACUAGCACUGAACCAAUUGAGCAAUACCGAAUGGGAAGUGAUGAUACUCGGCUUACAGAGCCUAUCCAGGAUAGCGAAGUACCAUCCAGAAGUCAUCGAAGGACAGAUACACACAGUCUGCGUGAACCUAGCCAAGCACAUAAAGAACCUGAGAUCGCAAGUGGCCCGGGCGGCCUGCCACACCGCCACCGAGCUGUUCGCCUCCUGCAGAAGAUCCCUGGAAAUAGAGCUGGAAGAAAUCGCCGGGCCUCUUCUCCACCGCACGGCUGAUACCAACAAAUUCCUGCGAUCCGACGCCAACGCUGCAUUAGACCAAAUGUGCGAGCACCUUCCCAUCAGCAGGGUCGUCGCAGUAAUCACUUCCAGGGGCUGCACGCACCAGAACAGCAUCGUGCGCGCCGCCUCGAUAAGACUGAUAACCGAUUUGGUGAAACGACACGGGUCUGAUAAGAUUUUCCAAAUGAACAAAGAUGUGAGAGACAAGAUUAUCCUGGCAGGGGCGAAUUCUUUGGCCGAUGGGAGUGUGGAGGCCAGGAGUCACGGUAAGGAAAUGCUGUCGCAUUUAAUGGUACAUCCGAUGUUCCAUAAGACGCUGCUUGAAGUCGUGCCUCAAAGUACGCUCAGACAUAUCGCUAAGACGCUCAAUUCUAUAAAAGCUCAUGGUGGAACAUAACAUUAAUUACAUUACGGCUUUCAGGCAUUUUUUUUUAUUUAAUCGGUUGUUUUAGAUGAAUUAAUAGAGGAAAUGUUUAGCAAUUAUUAAGUUAAGUUUGAUUAUUUAUUUGGUAUAUUAGACAAUUUUUGUUGUUGGUUUAUUUAGGAUAAUUUUAAUUCUAGUAGGAAAAGGUAGUGCUAAGUUUUUAAGUUUGAUGUUAAUAAUAUAUACUUUAUGACAUA